GAACUGCUAAGGGAGUCGCUCCCGAGCUGUGAGGGCUGCAGCUGCGCGGGACACCUACGCGGCCCCUAGACGUGGCUGGACCCAAGCCUGGUGGAUGGAAAUAGGGAGCCGGGGAAAGCCACGCCGGACAGGACCCCGGGGCUGAGACGUUGCGGGGGGCUGCUCUGGGGCGAGACGAUCUCCACUUGGGGGGAAGAUGUUUUCAAGGAAGAAGCGGGAGCUAAUGAAGACGCCGUCCAUCUCGAAGAAGAGCAGGGCAGGAAGCCCCAUACCGCAAGUGCUGGCGGAGAUGCCACGGAAGGACUGCCUUGAAGCACCUCCCUCCAGCCUGGCAGACCAGGGUCUGUCCAGCCCCAAGCUCAGCAGCAGCCCCAGUGGCAUGGGCACGCUCAAGCGGCCCACCAGCCUGAGCCGGCAUGCCAGCGCCGCCGGCUUCCCCCUGGCCUCGGCGGGCACCCGGGGCAUCGCCAAGGGCCACAAGACCCCCACCAACUACAGCCCCGUUGACAGUGCCGACGCGCCGUUCAUCGAGGUAGAGGACAUCCCGCAGCUCCUGACCUACGUGGCCCUCUUCGCCGAGGCCUUGGAGAAGCUGAGGGACGUGGUUCUCAGAGACGACCAUGUGGAGCCGCAGCGGCCCAUCGCUCACGAGUGCCUUGGGGAAGCCCUGCGCAUCCUGCGCCAGGUGAUCAACAAGUACCCGCUGCUCAACACCUUGGAGACCCUCACGGCUGCUGGGACCCUCAUCUCCAGGAUCAAAGGCUUCCAUUUCGAAACCAACAACGAGACGGACAAGCGGGAGUUCGAGAAAGCCGUGGAGACCAUCGCCGUCUCCUUCAGCAGCACGGUGUCGGAGUUUCUCAUGGGGGAGGUGGACAGCAGCACCCUCCUCUCCAUACCUCCCUGGGACCAGAAUCAGUCUAUAGAGAACCUCUAUGGGAUCCCUGGGCACGGUGGAGAGGACACACUCCCUGGCAUCGGAAACUAUGACUCAGGCCGUCUGUCUGCGGAGGAGGUGGACAUCAUACUCCAGAAGUGCGAGGGUGGAGUUGAUGCUGCCCUCCAGUAUGCCAAAAACAUCUCCAAGUACAUGAAGGACCUCAUGUACUACCUAGAGAAGAGGACCACGCUGGAACUGGAGUUUGCCAAAGGGCUGCAGAAGGUGGUCAACAGCUGUAAGCAAACCAUCGCUCAGGAGUCGUAUAUGCCGUUCCUGUCCAUCUACUCGCUGGCUCUGGAGCAGGACAUGGAGUAUGGCAUCUCGACUGUGCAAGCUGCAGCCACCUUGCAAAACCAUACCUUCUUGCAGCCGCUAACCAUGAGGCGCCUUGAACAUGAAAAACGACGGAAGGACAUUAAGGAGCAGUGGCAUCGGGCUCAGAGAAAGCUGCAAGAGGCAGAAGCCAACCUGCGCAAGGCCAAGCAGAUGUACAAUCAGCGCUGCGAGGAGCACGACAAGGCCAAGCACGUGACAGUGAAGGCUGAGGAGGAGCAGCAGAGCACCAGCAGCAGCACGGCCACCAAGACCCUGGACAAGAAGAGGCGGCUGGAGGAGGAGGCCAAGAACAAGGCCGAGGAGGCGCAGGCCACGUACCGGACCUGCAUCGCUGACGCCAACACGCAGAAGCAGGAACUGGAGGACACCAAGGUGAACGUGCUGCGGCAGAUCCACGAAGUCAUUAAGCAGAGCGACCAGGUCAUCAAAUCGGCCACCAUCUCCUUCUACCAGCUCAUGCACAUGCAGACGGCUGCCCUACCCGUCUACUUCCAGACACUGUGCGAGAGCAGCAAGCUGUACGACCCCGGGCAGCAGUACGCCUCCCACGUCAAGCAGCUGCAGCGGGGAGACGAGCCUGAGACCCUGUAUGACUUCGAGCCCUACGUGCCACAGAGCGCCUGGUCGCCCUUCGCUCGGGCACGGAAAGGCAGCUUCAAUGCCAGCGACUUUGCAAGCAGCAGCGUGGAUGGGGCUUCUCCCUCCAAAGAUACGGGCAUCCCCGAGGGAGGUGCAGCGGCCAAGGAGCAGCACGGUGGGGCGGUGCACGUCGAGCGGAGAGGUGGACGGGGACACCAGGUCCAUAAAUCUUGGCCGACAUCCAUCGUUGAAACCGAAGGCGGCCUGGAUUCAAGCUCAGGUGAAUUCAGCCGGAAGUUGCAGCGGUUGUCUUCCAACGGCACCGUGUCCUCCAGCGAAGAGCUGGAAGAGAAGGACGAGAACGCAGCCUCGUUUGAACAGAGCAUCAACGGGAUCACCCCGGAAAUGACGACUCCCACGGGCCCCUUCCGAAACAUGGGCUUAUCCAAGGCUGCCCAGACUCAUCGGCUGAGAAAGCUCCGCACCCCGUCCAAAUGCCGGGAAUGCAACAGCUACGUGUACUUCCAGGGGGCAGAGUGUGAGGAGUGCUAUUUGGCUUGCCACAAGAAGUGUCUGGAGACCUUGGCCAUCCAGUGUGGACACAAGAAACUCCAAGGGAAGCUGCAGCUCUUCGGCCAGGACUUCACGCAGGCUUUGCGCAGCAACUCGGAUGGCAUCCCCUUCAUCAUCAAGAAGUGCAUCUCCGAGAUUGAGAAGCGGGCUCUGAAGACCAAGGGCAUCUACCGGGUCAAUGGCGUGAAGACACGUGUGGAGAAGCUUUGCCAGGCAUUUGAGAACGGGAAGGAGCUGGUGGAGCUGUCCCAAGCCUCCCCGCAUGACAUCAGCAAUGUCCUGAAGCUCUACCUGCGACAGCUGCCGGAGCCCAUCAUGCCCUUCCGCCUGUACAACGCGCUCAUGGGGCUGGCCAAGGAAAGCCUGCAAGGCGGGGCCGAGGCCAAGGGCAAAAGCGGGAAGGGGGGGCCCGAGCUGGUGGACAAAGGCACCGACACCGACAAGGUGGUCAUCACCCUGGUGCUCAAACUGAAGGAGCUGCUGAAGGAGCUUCCCCGGGAGAACAUGGCCACGCUGCAGUACAUCGUGAAACACCUGUGCAGGAUUGUGGAAGUGGAGCAGGACAACAAGAUGACCUCAGGCAACCUGGGCAUUGUCUUUGGGCCCACGCUGAUGCGCCCAAGGCCCACCGAGGCCACCAUUUCCCUGUCCUCGCUGGUCGAUUAUCCCCACCAAGCCCGCAUCAUCGAGGCCCUCAUCAUCUUCUACGCAACCAUCUUUGAGACCACCGACGCCAAGCUGCUGCCCGAUUCCAGCAAAAGGGCUGAGGAUGCCAAAGAGGAUGGGGCCAAGGACGAUGCGGUUUCACUGGCUGCAGCUCCGCAAGGCAGCGGCCCCUACCUCGAACUGCCCUCGGAGAAGGGGGAUUCUGAUUACAACGCGGACUCGUACGGAGAAACCGCCGAUCGCUCCAUAGACUCCGACUCCGAGCUGGAAGAGGGUGGGGAGCCGCUGGCCUCGGGCGAGGACGCCCCCCGGCACCCGCUGGUGACGCAAGGCAGCGAGACGAGCGCGGACGAGGCUCACUCCUGCGACGACCUGAGCGAGGGGCAGCGGAGCAGGACCUGUAGCACGGGGCAGUGGGACGCGGAGUGCGCCGCCUCUCGCCAGCGCGGCUCGCCGGGGGAAGAGCAGAGCGACCUGGAAGAGGACUCCGGGCCAGAGAGGGAGGGCGGCGCGAGACCGCUCUCUGACUAUAACACAAACCAGUCCAACAACAAGCCGCUGGCCCGUUGCAGCCUGGGGCACGGGGGGCUGCCCACCAUUCGGCUACGGGACGGCAAGUUGGUUGUGAGGUCAGCCAGCGAACGGCAGCCCAGAUUUGUCUAGGCCGCCAAGCUAAAGCCACGCGAUAGACACUGGGGGAGGGCAGCUGAGCAGGAGCUCCCCACCGGCAGCUAAGCCACAGGCAUGGCUGUGUACAGUCGGAGAAGAGAAGGGGCUAUGGCAGAGCUGUGCCUCAGGCAGCUCACACGGGUUUUGUAUGCUGGCUGCAGACCAAAUGACUGAAACGUCCAUACAAACCCCCCGAGGCACUUGACUUUCUGCAGGACUUUGCCAGAACUGCAGGUGGACAACUGCAUCCAAGCAGGAUAUCCUCUUGCAAGGAGCCCCGCGGAGCUCGAUAUUAUCUUGCUACACUGGACUGUAAAGGGAUCGUGACUUGGCUGUACCCAUCUGAGCUGCCAGGCGGGGUUUCCUGUCUUCCCGUUCCCCAACCUCAUGCCUUUAUUUAAACCGUUCUGCGAGGAAAGAGCUAUUCAAGUACCUGACCCACCUACAUCACUGCGGUUGCCACAGGUGGUGCUGGGAGAGAUUGCCAGUAACACCGCCGACCAGGAAGAAGCUGAAGGGACAACCUGCUGGGAGAGAGCACUGCCUCCUUCCCGCUCAUCAAGACAACAAGAGCUAGCAUUUUAUAUUUAUACAGCAUCUAGGAUCCUUCAACGCUCAGUACAGCAGCCCUGUGCACCAGGCAGGGUGGCAGAGGACAGACACCAGGCCACACAGCACCAUGAGGAGCAGAGACAGCUCUGGACAAACUUAUACCCCAGCUUCUCAGAGAGGACUUCCAAGUUUCCAAAGGUCUUGAGAAUUGAUGCAGUAUAUUCCUGCCAGAUCCCGUCGAAAUACAUGGACUCUGGGACCAACUGGAGCAGACAUCCAAAUCUCCGCUGCAAGUGAGCCGCAGGAAUCUUGGCACUUCCUUGCAACACAGGAGAUAAACAGCGACAUACCUUUUUUGAAAAGUUUGCCCGUUGCUUUUAUUUAUGGGCAAUCUAUGCUUGUCCAGAGCACAGGAGCUGUAAGCUGCUCGUAACUCAAGAGCUGAGAGUUACCCGAGGGGGUGUCACGGCCAGUCACGCUGUCCACGGGGCAGUUCCUGAGAGAUCCCAGACACGUUUCAGUCCUUUGCAUAGUUUAUUUUACGGGCACCUGGUCUCCUAAUCUCAAAUGGUCCAAAAGAGACUUGAGGUGUAGCUUCACAAUAGAAGAAAGGGCGGCUACAGCUCUGCGAAAAUCCCAGACGUGGGCACUGCCACGGCUGCAGGCCCCUGCACUGAAGUUGGGCGACUUGCUCUCUCGUCCUAAGCCUAGAGCUGCCAUGGCUGGCAGGGAGCGCUGGCACCUUCCAGCGGAGAAGACGCUGGAGCGUCCAGCGCCACUGCUCACAACGUUAAAACGGAGCCCAGGAAAGACGGCUCUGCAGGGAAGGAGCAGCGGCAACCAGACUGGGACGAGCUCUAAACAACGGAGCUGAAAACAGUUUCCUUUGAGCAGCUGCACUAAUGGCUUCUGCUUUCUUCUGGCAAGCACUGGGAGCAGGGAGCAGCGCAGGCAAGGGAGCAGGGGGUCUGCGACAGCCUCAGAGCCCUCUCAAAGCAAAUAGGCCAGUGUAAGAUGUGGGAAACCAGAGAACGGAGGUCGCCCCUGCAGCCUCUCCGUCUGCUGCAUGCUAGCUUCAAGCAGAGCCCCCUGCUGCAAUUUUGCCUCCUGUCGUUUGAAGCAGACAGGCUGACCGAGUCUCCAUCAGCUUUUCCGUCUGCCCCCGUCGGUGACAGCCCGCAGCCCGAGGCUAGUUAGGAGACGUACCGAUGCAAAGCCGUUUUGAAACUCGACCAGACGCACCCCCUCAGCAGACAACGGGGUUAGCAAAGAUAACUCCCGCCUCUUCAUGCAGAACAGGCUUUGCCAUUAGAGGUCACUACACGCUGCUAAAUACAUUAGGGAGAGAGUGCAGCUGGAAAGAGAAAGGAGUUUGACCCAUUUUGAAGCCAGUCAAGCUCAGCAUGUGAACUCUGUCCCUUCGCUGGAAAGAAACGGCCAGUCCAAGCCAUCUUUGGGCCGGCUAUGCUACAGACGCAGCAGGCUGAAGAUGUGCUGAACGACCGGCUACCUCAGGGGUUUGGGGUGCGAUAGAUACUUCUAUGUUGUGGAGGGCAGAGCAAAGAUCCAGACAAGUAGAAAGAGCUCGUGGAUGUGACAUCCAGAGCUCUCCGACUUGUUUGAGCAAAGCCCAGCAGGAUAACGCAGCCGCUUAUGAGAGGCAGUGGAGGUAAAGAGGUACACAGAAUACAGCGCGUAGAAGAGAUGGAGCUGGAAAGACGAGCAAGGAUCCUUGCCACAUAUUUCAUCAACAGGAGAGCUGCGUUUUAAAACAGGUUGUUUCCAUAGCAGAAGUCAGGACUACUCACCAGCUCGCCAUGCUAGCGGUAACAGUGGCGGCACUGUGCGUGUCUGCAAGGAGGAACGGGUGAACGCGAGAGGGAGUGGACGGGCCACGAUGCCCAGGUGUUCUGUUCUGAGGGCUCUGCUUGUGCUUGGCAAUGAAAACCAUCACCCUUGUUUGUAUAUAGGUUUAGCCCGGCGCACGGAGCAGCAUCGUGUGGUUUGUGCUUUCUACCAAGUCACCCGCUUCAGUGAAAUAAAAUGUUUGGAGCGUAUGCACCAAAA